AUGACACACACCCCUUCCAUCAUCCCCACCAAUCAUAGCCCAAGCUGAACAUCAGAAAUUGCCGGCUCCUGGGCUCAAUGAGUUUUGUUUGGGUCAACCGUUGUGGUGGAACGUAAAGGUCUUAUUCGCCUUGAGUGGAGUUGUACUUGGCAAAGAAAAAAAAUCACCACGGGAGAAAGAAACGAAAAAACAGUUGAGGAAGCAUCGGCAGAGAUUUGCUUUAGCAAUGAAAAAUGUAAGUUGGUAAUGACCUGACGAGCGCCUGACUGAAGUCAUUACUUGAAAGACUGUUCCACAUGCAAUGCGAUCUGUAUGUCCACACAACCUUGGAGGAGGGGCCUAUCCUAUGUUCCUAUACCGGAGUAAGGUUGAUGGCCUUGCAUCACCUGAGGACAGCAAUGUUGCACCUGUAACCAGUGGUUUACCCAGCAAAUAGAAGACAACACAACAUGGCAGCUUCUCAGUAUCCAGGAAAACUCGGGGUGGCUUACACUCCAGCUCACAUGCAGCAAGUUGGUACACAGUCACAAAAAAAUUUCCAGGGACUACACCAACCGGUGUCGCAGGCAAACACAGAAAGCACUGGAUUCCAGUACCCAAAAUCCACUCACAGUGCAUGUUGUCCUUGGAACAGUCACCACCAAAUGAGCAGCAAAGCUAAUGCUGACCUAGUGUCAUCGGCACAUGUACUUGCACAACGCAGCAGCUACUUUGGUACAUCUGGCAAUGAGAACUCUGCAAGAGAAUCUGUUUGCAGUGGUGGACAAGAAAAGGAAUGUUCCAAGGAAAAGGGGUCAAACUUGAACAUUAAUAAUGGACUACAGCCAAGACAACAUUUAAAUUUUGCCUUCUCCAUUGGUUUCAGUUCUUCAGCUCCUCAGGGAUGCGGCCUUCAAGUCCCAACACAGUCACUUCCUUUACUCGAUCAAAGUUAUAGUGCAUCUAAGAGCAAACUGCGCAGUUCUUUCCCGCUGACGUAUUCCAUACUAACAGGAAAUCCUGUAGAUUUGAAAUCUCCUUCUUUGUCAAGGGAAACUAAUGCCAAGAUUGAAAAGAGGACUACUAUUCCGUUUCCAGAUGAAAGACCCUGUAGCAGCCAGCAAAUGGAAGGUUCACUAGUUGAUCUUAACUGUGGAAAGACAACAAAAAACCUACAUUAUUCAGAAAGAAGAAAGCAGCACAUCUCCUCUCCCUGUCUUAGCAGUCAGUUAUCUACAGAAAGCAUCUCACCAGUUGGAGAAAUGAUGCAAUCUAAAGGUGACUAUAUACAGGACUUCAUCUUAAAACAGGUUGCAUACUUUAGGAGAACUUCAACACAGAAUAACAUUAAUGGUGGAACAUAUUCGCAUAAGGGAUCAGAUUUUUGCACUAAUGAGAGGGAUUCCACACUCCAGUCUGACUGCAUCAUGCCACUGUCCAACAGUGCCGUCCAUCUUUCCACAACCUUUACUUCUGACAAAGAAGAUAUGGAGAGGAAAGGUCUCAACUCUGCUGUGAGUGGACAUAAGACUGCUACAGUCGGACAAGCUCAUGAAAUGGACAGUGCAAAGGUCAGCAAAGCAAAUGCUGAAACUCCCAAGUCUAAGAAGACAAGCGGCUGUGCUACAUCUACAUCAAAGGAAUACUGCACAGGUACACUAACGUCUGGUGUAGAAAACUUGAAACCUGGGCCUAAAACUGAAUCUUUUGAAAGGAGUGCAUUGGUAGCCUUUGAUUUGUCAGUAAAAAAAAAACACUUGGAUGAAACUAUGCCUGCAAAUGGUGAUGGAAAACUUGGUAAUUCAGGUGACUGUGAAGAUAAAACAUUUGUUGAUUGCAGUGAUGUAAGUUUCCACAGUAACUGGUGUGAUAAGUAUGCAAAGAAUGGCAAGACCACUCUUCGUUACUCAUUAACUGCACUGAAGGAGUUGAUUGUUAGUCUGGAGAACGUAGAGCCCAUAACAGACAUGGAUAACUUUUCUGAAGUCAUACUGCAACAAUAUUGGAAUGGGAAUAUUGGUAACAUUCAUCUCUUUACGUCCACAGAAUAUCCACAAAUUAUGAUGAAAGUUGCUGCCACUUGCACAAAGAAUGAAGAUGAAAGUCCAGUGGUUCUCACUGCAGUGCCUAGAGAGGCCUUGGAUGAACUGACUCAGAAGCACCCCAGUCCAUUGUUCAAGUACAGCUCAUCACAAGAAGAGUAUAAGUCUCUGGAGUUAAAACCAGUAGAGGGAGUUGGGUUGGAUGGUGUGCAAGGUGUGACUAAUGUCUCAGAGGAGUUUCAAACUAAGUCAAAUUCAGGGGUAUCUGAACCCACAUCACUUACUGAAAAUCAAGAGAAAGAAAUGAAAAACAUUGAACAUUGCAAUGUUACCUGUAAAGGAGUAAUUGCACAAUCCGAGACAAAUUCAUCAACUGAUAUUCAGAUUCAUAAUGUAACAUCAGUUUCUAUGAAUCAGUAUGAAUGGCUUUGCAACCAAGCAAGCUGUGAAGGUGUAAGAAAGGAUGUCUGUUCUGUAGCUGUACAAACAGAUGCAAGGCUAACAAUUUCUGAAAACAAAGUCAAAGAAGAGGCUCUUCUGUCAAGCGAGGGUAAGGAAGUACUCUCUGUGAAAAUCAUUAAAGAUCCACAAUAUGAAGAUAUUUCAGAUGAUGACAUGUCGCAGUUGGCCACAGAACUCCCGAACUCAGAGCACGGGGAAUUAAACUUUCCAGAAUAUUUUCAAGACAUGCACUAUACAGAUAUAAGUGAAGAUGAAAAUCCACCGUUUAUGGCCACAGAGACGCCCUCACCUACACAAGCACCUGAACCAAACAAGCAGCAGACGGAAACCCUUGACAUAGAACAGUGUUGCUCUGGCUCAUGUUUUGCCAAAACCGAUGAUGGUUGCCAUCUGAGAAGGCAAACAGAACGCUGUGUUUGCUGUACUUCCUCUGUAUUGACAGAUGAUGACACUGAUGAACAGAUGGAUGAUGACUGGCUAGUCAUUCCUGUAACUGUGGCUAACCUUAAAUUUGAACCAGAUGAUGAGCACCAGAAUAGCCCAGAAAAAGUUGUGCUCAGUGGUAGUGACGAAGAAACACAGUGUGAUGUAAGCCCAGCACACAAUGAGCUUCAUAGCCCAGCUUCCUCUCCUAGCUAUCAGAUAGAUGUGUAUGACACAACUGAGAGCUGUUUAAAGGCCAUGCGUGUACAAUUCCAGAGGAACUUUGAGAUGGCAGCGUUCUUGUACCCACCUGAAUAUGCACUAGAGUCUGAGGGAACACCUCAAACACCUCAGAACAGGAGUGAGUCAUACUCUGAUCCUGAAGACAGCUGUGAAACUGAGGACAGUUUUGAUUACCCAUAUUCGCCUGAGUCUAGGCAGUUGUCAUGGAAAAGGUCAGUAUCUCUGCCCAUAGAGACAGAUGAUCAUGUGUCUGAAAAAGCAAGGGAAGAUGAAGUUACAAAUGCACAGAAUGAUCAGAACAGAGACUUGGACACGUUAGGCUGUAUGCAAAAACAGAGACAGCAGAUUAACACCAAAACUACUGGUAAGCAUGUUAAACGCACCUGUAGACAAAGAAACUCUAAAAAUGAUGUAAUAAUCAUUAAUUCUGACACAGAAGAUGAAAGUGAUGAAAACUGCAAAAAGAAAGCAGAAAGGAAGAGAUUAUUCUCUUCAAGCUCAGACAACAGUGGAGAUGCCCCAUGUAGUCCACAAAAGAGACACUCACCUGGAGAUUCACAAGCACCACCACGCCAGGCUCCAAAGACCCCUGCAGAAACCAACAAAAACUCUGACUCUCCUGAAAAGCAUUUGCACAAAAAUAAAAAGGAGAGAUAUAUGCCCAUAUCAAAACCUGCAGAUGACAGACGCCAUUCAAACAAGAAUAUUGUUCAGGCCAACACAGCUAAAUCCAGACUGUUUUCAAGACCACUUUCAUCACCUAGUCAAGAAGGCCCAUCCACCUCCAUCGGCAACUUGUCUGCCAGAAGUGGACAACCUUCUGAACCUAGACAAAGCUCCGCUUCCUCUAGAGGCUUGUUCCAAUCUGGAGAAACCUCUGCCUCCCGCAGAGUUCCUACAUAUAAGCAGUCCAUAUCUACUCCCAGAAAACAUUUGUCAUCAUCCAAUCACCAGCUGCCUCGCUCUUAUAGCAGCCCAUCAACAGUAGGUCAUCCUUGCACUCCCACAAAAGGCUCACCAUCUGCAACCAUGCAGUCAUCAGCAAGGAAACAAGUGAUCAAAGACUGGCAGAACAGCUUUUUCCCAACAAGGAGAGACAGAAAAAGUAACCUGCAGAUGGAUGAGGACUUACGAACCGGAAAUUCUGAUUCAUACAGGGAGUCCAGACCAGGACUUAGUCACUGUGACAGGGUACCCAGACAGAGGCACAACUUUCGUGAGUCUGAACGCCCCUUGAUGAAGAGGACCAAGUCGGAUGCCAGACAGUGGACUAAGGCCAUAAAUCGGGACACCUCAGUUAAAGAAAGUUCCUCUGUGGGUGACGGUUACAAGUGGUCUGAGAAGAAGUCAGCUAAAGGUUCCCGCCACUAGACGAAGGAGUGUAGAACCUCUCCAAGACCCCAUCUGUGAGGAAAACCACCCCCAUGAGGACAGAUGGAUGAUGAGUAAAAAAAAAAAACAAAAAACAAAUGCUUUUGUAGCUGAUUCUGUCUUUGAUUUUUCAAAGCAUUUGUGUAUAGUACAAUGAAAAAAUU